GUCCGGGGCGGGGCCAGGUGGGUCGCAGGCCGAGCCGAGCCCAGGGGAGGCACCGGCGGAGCUGCAGUCAGGGUCUCCGAUCCGGCCGGGUCCGCACACUGUGCCGACACAUCAGUUCCCUCAGCUCCAACUUGGGAGGCGGGAAGCAUCGCUCCGCUUCACAGAUGUGAAAACUGAGGCUGAGAAGUUGCUGCACUGAUUCAGACUCAGAGGCUCCGGCUGGGGGGCGUUGGAAGGACCCCAUGCCCGGAUCCUCAGGAGGUGGCAUCCCAACGGUGUCUCCGGGCCGCCCUGCCCCCCAGCAGAGCAUGUCCGGGCUGGAGGUGGAGGAGCUGGCCGAAGCAGAGCUGCAGAGAGAUGAGGAGGAGGCCGCCGCACUGGGUGCCGUGAGAAGGCCCUCGGUGGUGCCCAUGGCUGGCCCGGACCCUGUGCUGAGCAUGAAUCACCCCUUCUAUGACGUGGCCCGACACGGCAUCCUGCAGGUGGCAGGUGCCCGCCUGAGGGCAGGGGCACUCGACCGCGGCCAGCAGGACGCUGAGAGGAUGGAGGUCUCCACUCGGGACAUCCUGCUAUUGGCCGUCCUCCAGCUGGCAUCUGGGCGGGCCUUCCAGUAUUUGAAGCACACGCUGGACCAGUACGUGGAGAGCGAUUAUACCAUCGUCUACUUCCACUAUGGGCUGAACAGCCAGAACAAGCCGUCCCUGGGCUGGCUCCAGAGCGCCUACAAAGAGUUUGACAGGAGGUACAAAAAGAACUUGAAGGCCCUCUGUGUCGUGCAGCCCACCAACUUCAUCAAAGUCCUGUGGGACAUCCUCAAACCCCUCAUCAGUCACAAGUUCGGGAAAAAAGUCACCUAUUUCAACUAUCUGAGUGAGCUCCGUGAACACCUCAAAUACGACCGGCUGAUCAUCCCCCCGCCGGAGGUUCUGCAAUACGACGAGGAGCUUCAGAACCCGCAGGCGGGCAGGCUGCCCCCUCCCACAAAGACGCCCCCGCCGCGGCCCCCUCUGCCCACCCAGCAGUUUGGUGUCAGUCUGCAAUAUCUCAAAGACAAAAAUCAAGGUGAACACCCCCCUGUGCUGAGGUACACAGUGACAUACCUGAGAGAGGAAGGACUCCACGCCGAGGGCCUGUUCCGGAGAUCGGCCAGCGUCCAGACCGUCCGCGAGAUCCAGCGGCUCUACAACCAAGGGAAGCCUGUGAACUUUGACGACUAUGGCAACAUCUACCUCCCUGCUGUGAUCCUGAAGACCUUCCUGUGGGAGCUGCCCCAGCCGCUGCUGACCUUCGAGACCGUCGAGCAGAUUCUCGGGAUCACCAGUGUGGAGAGCAGCCUGCGAGUGACCCGCUGCCGCCAGAUUCUGCAGAGCCUUCCAGAACACAGCUACACCGUCCUCAGCUACCUCAUGGGCUUCCUGCACGAGGACCUCAUCCAAGGCCUGACCGGGCAGCAGCUCCGCCGAGAAACCCUCUCGGCCUCCGGGCAGGUCACCUAUGCCAUUCCUGCUGCUCCCGGGCCAGGUGCCCUCAGCCGAUGCCAGACCCUCUCUAGCGGGUUCCUCUGCUCUCACAUCAGCUCCUGCCUGGGCUGA